CAUCAAAAUUGAAGUCAACCGCUCCCCGAACUUUGCGGCGAUUCCGACCGAAGUCCUCUCUCACCGUCGUCUCCGUCAUUUCAACGUCGAUCUCUGGCUCCAAAGCUCCUCUGAAAAUGGAGGACUGCCCGAUCAACCGCCUCCCGCAAGACACGCUCCAACAGAUCUUCUCCUCUCUUCCCCUCCGUCAGAUCGUAACCUGCCGCUCCGUCUGCAAAUUCUUCAACCAAAUCCUGUCCUCCACCUCCUUCUUACGCCUCAUCUCCGCCCAACCCCCUCUAAAGCUUCUCGUCCUCCGCCCUUCUCACCACCACCACCAUCGCAACCGCCACGUGUCUCUUUAUUCUUCGCUCCACCUGUACGAUCCAGGCCAAAAUCAGUGGCUCAGGUUCAACCUGGAUUUCCUGCCUUUUCGAUCCCUUCAUCCUGUAGCUUCUUCUCUCGGUCUGAUCUACCUCUGGGCCGAGUCCCGUGAUUCCACCGAGUCUAACAAGUCAUUGAUCGUCUGCAACCCGUUGACUCGCCACUACAAAAUUCUUCCCCAGUUGGGCUCGGCGUGGUGGCGUCAUGGCUCGGUCCUGGUCGACUCAAUGAACCGAGUCAUGGUACUUUCUGAACUAGCUGCUCUUUUCUUCUCUCCUGUACAGAAAGAUCAAUGGCUGAAAUUCUCCUCGAAUUUACCUGCGAAACCGAGGAGCCCCAUUUUGGUAUCUAACUCUGUUUUCGCUCUCUGCGAUGUCGGAUCUCCGUGGAGGAGCCAAUGGAAGUUAUUCUCUUGUUCUGUAUCAAGCAUGCUGAAUCUGAAUGUCACCCAUAACAAUUGGGAGUGUUUGGAGAGGCACGAGUGGGGGGACAUAUUCGACAUCAUGAAAAGGCCGCGCUUGGUACGGGGGAACGGAAACAAAAUCUUGAUGAUUGGGGGUCUGAAAUCAGGGUAUACCUUGAAUCCAUCAUGUUUGACAAUAUUGAUAUUGAGAUUGGAUUUGGAGAGCAUGGAGUGGGAGGAGGCUGGGAGGAUGCCGGCAGAUAUGUAUAAGUUGUUUCAGGAAAGCAAAUUCAAGGUGUUUGGAGAAGGGGAUACGGUGUGCUUCUCUGGGAAGAGGGUUGGCAGGCUGGCGCUUUGGGAAUGCUCAAGGUGGCGGUGGAUUGAAGGGGUGGCUGGAAGUGGGGAUGGGCUCUUCCGGGGUUUCACCUUUGAUGCCAGGCUCGACGUAGUCCCGUGAUUCCCACCCGAGAAUUCAAGGUCUGUAUGCCGAUUCAGAUUCUUGAAGCAUUGUUGUUGUUUGUUUGUAUCUAUGUUAUGAGGUGUCAGAUAGAUGCUGUAUUUGGUGACUUUGAUCUGUGGUUACUAGUGAAGAGGGUGAAUGUUGUUUGAAUAUCUUGUUAAAGGUAGCAUUUAGCACUAAUGCAAGAGAAACAUAACUUGUUAUUUGGAAGGAAAAAUGAGUGGAUUGUGCUAUGUUCUAUUUGUUAUUCUACAACUGUAUGGAUUGUUUCCCUUUCAUCCACUGACCAAAAUGGAAGUUAAUGUGCCUUCUUUUAUCAGAUUUUCAAUUCAUUCAUGUGCACUAGCCCUGCGUCCCUACCGUCCUUUGCCAUCCCAACCCUGAAUGGAUGUUAUGGCAUGCUGGGUUAUGCUUUAUAUACGUGAGAGGGCAAGGUUUAUUUGGAGGCCUAGCCUUAUGAAAGAAUUCUUGUUAGCAAAAAGCACAUCAAUAUAUGAACUCUUCAACUUAAUGAGUUGCUCUCUUAUUUUCAAGCAUCCUAGAACUUUUCUUCUUCCAAAUUACCGCAUAAGACAAAGUGAUCUGUUUUUGACAUCAACUAAUUGUUCUGAAGAAUAUAGGAGAUUAAGUUCU